AUGGCUUCGGCAGUCACACACUGGAAUAGCGAUGCCUAUAGCACUCGCGAAACUCGACAAGGACAAGCUCGGUUAGACUUCGAGCGAGCCCAAAACCAAGCGCAUCUAGAUCAGGUACUAAACAAUCUACGCACGCGAAUACGCAACUAUACAAAGAAGAAGGAGGCGGUAAACUCCCCAGCGGAGCCUCAAGUCCCUCUCCAAGCACCGCAGCAGCUACUUGAAGAAGGAUUUCCCUUCCCCAUCCAGAACAUGGACCCGGUCCAACAGACAUCGCCGUCAAACCAUGUCUCAUACAUCUCGCAGGAUCUGGACCUCGAUCCCGCCACGUGGAAUCAAACAGGCGCGUACCUCUCGACCAGACGAUACGCCAUCUGUCUCGUAAACGACACUUACCGCUUCUCCUUCGCCGCAUCUACAAAUGCCUUAGUCGAGCCCUCUCCGCUGCCGCGUGCACACGGUUCGAGCCUGCUGGCCCGCCACCGGUUCUCGAACCAUGGCGCAUGGGCGCCUUUCGCGCCGGUUUAUCGGGCUGAGCGGGAUGGCGAUGAGGGUUCGGAGCAUGAAGUCGUUGUGUAUACGGAGAGUAGAGUUGUGGUGGAGAAGUUUUGGGGGAGGUAUGGGAUGCGUAGGGUUAGGGGGUAUUGGCGGCGCGUCAAGGAUGGGGUGAAGGGGGAGUGGAAUGCUGUGGUGGAGCGCUAUGCUGCAAGGUUGGGUAGGGCGGUUGGGUGUGUUGAUGAUGCUUCGCGCCGCCUGGUUCGUGCGCCGCUGCGUUCUCGUGCCCAGUUGGCGAAGCCGUCUUUCGUUGUUAAGCAACCUCGUUGGAAACCGGACAGUGAGAUGGCGGAAGCUGCAAACAUGGCGGGAAACAUCCUCUCCCGCCUCGGAAAACGCAAGCGGGCUUCCUCUCCAACCCCUUCCAAAGCCUCGCACACCCGCUCUCUCCACCAGCUAUAUAAGCCCGCUCCGCCCCUACCAGAACGCGGCAGCAAGCGCUACUUUCAAAUUCUCCCCCGCGGAUGCUCGCGCUCCCACAUCCUAACCCACAAACUCGAGCCCAUCAUGGAAGACGUAUCCGCAUCCACAUCCCGCCCCCUCUCCUCCUCAAGCUGGUCCAGCGCCGCAUCCACCUUCCUCGAACAACCCGCCCCAGGAUGGCACUUCCAAUACUACCUCCCGCACAUCAGCAACAGCAGCGCCGACUUCUACACCAGCCAGGACUGGGUAGCGUACGACAUGCGGGAGGCGAGCGAGCAGGUCGAGACUGAGACGCUGAUCGCGGGCGAUCUGGACUUGCCGUUCAUUCAUGAGGAUGAUUUUAAUUACUAUCCGGCGACUGCUGACGAGUUGUCGUGCGCGAGUGGGUUUAGUACGGAUACGGAUGAGAGUUUGCUGGCUGGGAGGCGGCUGAAGAGGACGAAGUUGGCGAAGAAGAAGGAGUGGGAGGAGUUUUGGUUGGAGAGGGCGUUUGUGAGGAUGAUGGCGAAGUUGAGGUUGAGGAAGUAG